AUGAAUAGUGUAAAUACAGUACAGCAGCAUCUUGCUUAUAUCCAAAAAGUUUUAACUGGACUAAACGAUCGGCUAACGCGGAUAACGGUGCCACCUCGUGCCGUCCUGACUUCCAAACUGCAACAUGCUCAAGCAUUACUGGCUUCCAAUUUAGAGACGCAUUUUCGUGCAGCCGCUGAUCAGUUGAUCCAGGAGACGGAAGAGCAAAUUGACGAUUACAUCGAACAUGUCCGGACAGAGAUGUCGACUAAUGUAACAAGUUGUGGUCCACUAUUAAACAUCGUUCGUGGAAUCCGCGCAGCACUCUGUCAAUGCACUGCCGAUCCAUUUGUUAGCUUUCGCAAGUUUCAAACACUGUUAAGGCCAAACUCGAUAAGCAACAGAAGUUGUAGCCAAAAAAUUCACUAG